GGCGUCAAAUAGUCCACAGGUGAGGUGCAGGUAAACUUGACCUCAGCUAGUUAAACUUGUGCUGCAGCUCUUGCCCGGAGGCGGGCGCGUGCCAGCCUUUCUCAUGUAAAACGCUGCGUUUCAGGUCUGUCCGCAAUAGCGAGCUGACAGCUUCACUAUACAAUGGCACAAUAAGGAAUACUACUGUUCGCUCGGUUUCACCUCCAAGUGAUGUCACAACGCGAGACCCGAGUAACAGGAUCGGGGACAUUUCUCCCCUACUUAAACCAGACACAUGGAGCGCGCCGCUGUGGAUGCGUUUUGGAGAGGGAUCCCGUCAUUUCCAUCCUUUGACAAAAUGGCAGGUGUGUUUGCCUAUGAGAGCUCUGAAGUUGACUGGUGUGAGGACAACUAUAAACAUUCAGAGAAUGUUGUGGAAUAUUUCAACACGAUGAGCAGUUUUAUAUUCUUUGUGAUCUCACCCAUAAUGCUUUACCUGCUACACCCAUAUGCCAAGGAAAGAAACCUGGCUGUGCACCUGGUCUGGAUCAUGAUGGUCUUUGUAGGUCUCUUCUCCAUGUAUUUUCACAUGACUCUGAGUUUUAUGGGCCAGAUGCUGGAUGAGCUGUCAAUCCUGUGGGUCUUGGCUCUUUGCUACUCCCUGUGGUUCCCGCGCAGACACUUCCCCUCUUUUAUUAAGGACAGGAAAUCCUUCUGUCAUAUGGUCCUGAUCAUCACUGUCAUAAGCACUCUGUCCUCUUUUGUCAAACCUACAGCCAAUGCCUACGCUCUCAACUGCUUCGCCAUCCACAUCCUCUAUUCUCUGUUUGUGGAAUUAAGGAGUUGCACAGAUGAGAGAGUGCUGCGUCUGGCCUGGGCGUCCAUUGGCCUGUGGGUUCUGGCUAUCUCCUGCUGGAUUAGCGAUCGCAUUGGCUGCAGCUUCUGGCAGAAACUGGACUUCUGUUAUUUGCAUGGUAUCUGGCAUAUUCUGAUUGUGGUGGCCACCGCUUAUGCUAGUACUUUGGUCGCUUACCUGGACGCUAGUCUGGAGAUCCCUUAUUCCCUACCCGACCUGCAGUACUGGCCACGGAAUAACUGGUCCAUUGGGCUUCCUUACAUAGUUCUCAAAAGCACCACAAAGACACAGAAAAGAUGCUAGCAGGCAUGACAAGAUGAACAGACACAACCUCAUAUAUAAAGCUGGGUGUAACGCUGAUUUAGGACCAGCCUUUACAUUUCCAAAAUGGUGAAUCCAUUUAUAUGGGCAGGAAGGAGCUGAUCCUAGAUCUGUCACUGUACGUUAUGUGAACUCUGAAGAGAAAGUUAUAUGAAACAAAUGCUGUGCUGAAUUGUUGCCGUUUCUGGAACUUUCUUCAUAUUUCUCACAGACCCUGAAACUGAAGUGUGUGUGUGUGUGUGUGUGUGUGAGUGUGUGAAUGUUUCUAUGCAAGUGACUGUUCAUAUUCUCAUCUUUACAAACAACAUGCUGUUGUUAUGUGAAAAUGAAUAUUUGCACUGUUGUGACAAGACUGAAUGUAUGUACAAAACAUUCUGCAUUUUACUUGAUUUUCUUAAUAUGAAUCCGAGGCUUUUAACUGAGAAAAUUUUCAUA